AUGCCAAGAUCUGAAACGGCUUUGCUGAGAGUUCCAAAGGUUGUUUGCUUCGCUUUCAGUUUUGCGUUUUCUGAGUUAGUUCAAGGUUCGGUGGUUUCUAGUCUGGAGAAGUGCACUCAAUGGCAAGAGGCAGUGGAGGUUGUUUCAAACAUGGCAUCAGGGCGCCUGGGUGAUGCCUUUGCCUAUUCUGCGGCCAUUGGAGCACUGCAGGGGCGCUGGCGACAUGCACUGGUUCUCUUCGAAGAGAUGUGUGGGAGUGAGGUGAAAGCAGAUGUCAUUUGCUUCAGUGCCCUUGUCACUUCAUGCGAGAAAGGUCAUGCAAUGCAUCCUGCUUUGAAUUUGCUGAAGUCCAUGCGCAGCCAGCAAUGCCAGUUUGAUAUCAUAAUUUGCAAUGCAGUGAUUUCGUGCUGCGAAAAGCGUGGCGAUUGGCCCAGCGCGCUCGAAAUCUUGGAGAUGCGCAGGUGCAUGUUGCCGCACAGUCACGAUGUUGUGGGCUGCAGUGCCGCAGUCAGUGCCUGUGAGAAGGCCAAAGAAUGGCGUUGUGCACUGCAGCUGCUUUCCGAGCAGGACACACGGGACACCAUUAUUUGUAAUUCUGCAAUCAGUGCAUGCGAGAAAUGCAUCGAGUGGAGGUGGUCCCUCCGUAUUGUGGCUUUGAUGAAGGAGAUCCAAGUGCAGCCCGAUGCAGUGAGUUGUAAUGCGGCCAUCAGCGCGUGUGAGAAGGAGGAACGCCCUGCGACACCGUUUCCAGUAAGAUGA